AUGGUACAGCGGAAUGAGCCUGAGUUGCGACCACUCGCAUACGCCGACCUACCCCGCGCGGUCGAUAUGUUCAUGAAGGCAAAUGAAGAUAACCCGUCCCGCCACUAUAUUGACGAUACACCAGAUGCUUGCGCCAAAGCGUCGAAAUUUGCAAAUUGGAUUGGAUUGUUCAUUGGGUCUGCCCGGGCAGCGAUCAAGCAUGAAGCCUGGACAAUAGGCGGCGGCGAUUCGGUUGUCUGCUACUCCUCUCCGAGCGACACUCUGUCCCGCAGGCGCAAGCGUCUGUACACAAUCUUAGACUGGCUUGUCGAUGCAAGUGACAAAUCACUCUCCAGGAUAUUUAGAUCUUCGCGGCAGCGAGCUCGGCGUGCAGAAUUUAGCGCAAAAAUCACUGCUGCUGCCUCCGGAGGGAUUGGUAACCGAGUUGACCAACUAAUCUCUAUCGAUUACCUAGCAACUGCUGCCGAUAAGCAAGGAAGGGGAUACGCCUCGCGGCUGGUCAACCAAGUUACAGCAAUGGCCGAUGCGCAGUCUCGUGGUACAUGGCUAUUUACCGGUCAGUAUAACGUGGGUUUCUAUGAGAGACUAGGAUUUGUCAAUGUCAGAGAAUUCGCGCUUGGGGACGAUCCGACGUGGACUAAAGGUCCUGUGGUUCUCUGCGUUAUGCUUAGGGAACCGCAGAGCCUCGAUAGCAAUUUGUUGGAUCGCGGUCUUAGAGAUCAUAACCUUUAUGACAACCCUACAACUGCUGAUGUACUUAGUUUGUGA